AGUUAAACAAAUUCAAUAAACAGAUUUUUACUUAAAAAAUGCACUCGCGAAUGAAUAAAUUGCGCCAGCUUGCGGAAAAGCUAUUCACGCCAUCGGAAAUAAAUCGUUUCAAUGCAUUUCGUCAUGAUUUUGCUGAAAAUUAUUUAAAAUUGAGUGCAUAUCAGUUUAGGCGACCCACAAUACCCAAGUGGAUGAAUCCGCGUUACUUUGCAACGGGUGACUCGGAAAAGACCAGCGAAGUAUGUUGCAAUGAGCGACCGGAUCAUUUGCAGCCCAAUAGCGAAAUCAAUUGGGAUGAACUGCGUCCACCUGGUAAGCCUUAUGAACCACGCGACACACACUACUGGUAUCCGGAUCCCGAGUUCAUGAAGGAAUCCGAGGGCAAAGUGCUGUGGCCCAUUGGUGAUGAGUGGAAGCAGCGUCCGAAUCCGUCGAGUCGCUACUUUCCACCGCAGGAUCGCACAUUUCGCACCAAGUUCGUCAAUUUCGGUCCGGCACAUCCGGCUGCGCAUGGAGUGCUGCGCAUGAUCCUCGAGCUGGACAACGAGACGGUGCUCUCGGCGGAUCCGCACAUCGGUCUGCUGCACCGUGGCACCGAGAAGCUCAUCGAGUACAAGACCUACACGCAGGCCCUGCCCUAUUUCGAUCGAUUGGACUAUGUGUCGUGCAUGGCCUGCGAACAGGCCUAUGCCCUGGCCGUGGAGAAGCUACUCAAUAUUGAGAUACCGGCACGGGCCAAAUAUAUACGAACACUGUGCGCCGAGCUGAUGCGUCUCACCAAUCAUACGAUGGCCGUGGCCACCUCUGUGCUGGACUGUGGUGCAAUCACUCCGCUCUUCUGGCUCUUUGAGGAGCGCGAGAAACUUUACGAGUUCUCCGAGCGUUUGUCGGGUGCUCGCCUGCAUGCAGCCUACAUCAGACCAGGUGGUGUGGCUCAAGAUAUGCCCUUGGGCUUUGGCCAUGACCUGUAUAAUUUCAUCGAGCAAUUCAAGGAACGCCUCGACGAGGUCGAGGAUGUUGUGACGGAUAAUCGGAUUUGGCGCAUGCGCAACAUUGGCAUCGGCACCAUCUCCGCCCACGAUGCCCUCAACUUUGGGUGCACCGGACCCGUUCUUCGCGCCACCGGCGUCAAAUGGGAUCUGCGCAAGCAGCAGCCCUACGAUGCCUAUGCGGAUAUGGACUUCGAUGUGGUCAUCGGUUCGCAGGGCGACUGCUAUGAUCGCUAUCUGGUGCGUGUCCGCGAGAUGCGCGAAUCAUGCAGAAUUAUACAGCAGUGCCUGAACUGCAUGCCGGCUGGCCACGUUAAGGUCGAUGACAAGAAGAUAAUGCCGCCGCAACGGCACAAGAUGAAAACGGGCAUGGAGGAUCUGAUACAUCAUUUCAAGCACUUCUCGCAGGGAUAUUCUGUGCCGCCAGGUGCAACCUAUACGGCAAUUGAAUCGCCCAAGGGCGAGUUUGGCGUCUAUCUCGUCUCGGAUGGCAGUUCCCGACCCUAUCGCUGCAAGAUUCGACCAGCAUCCUAUGCGCAUCUGGCGCUGAUGAGCAAACUGGCGCCAAUGAUGCUGUUGGCCGACAUUGUGGCCAUCAUUGGUUCACUGGAUAUUGUGUUUGGUGAGAUCGAUCGUUAGCUUAAAGCCAUUGCAAUGUUACUUAAAUUGUGUUUAAGAAUCAUUAUAAUAAAGCAUAACUUUCAUAAAGAGCUUUAAGCCAUCAGUA